AUGUAUCAGUUCAUUAGUGAGCUUAGCACAAUUAGUACAGCUUUACUUUAUCUAACGAACAACACCAAAAUGUACUUCAAGGUGAUCUGCAUCUUAGCCGUGGUGGCAGUUUCAGCCGUGUGUUCCGAACACGCGUACUCCUCCCAACAUUUCCACAGACACGAUGGUCACCACCAUGAAGUGGAAGUUAAGGAUGAGCAUGGACAUCAUCACGUGGACUACUAUUCUCACCCUAAGUACGAGUUCGCGUAUAAAGUGGUGGACCCUCAUACCGGCGACAAGAAAUCACAGCAUGAAUCAAGGGACGGUGACGUCGUGAAGGGAGUGUACAGCUUACACGAAGCUGAUGGCACAGUCCGUGUUGUUGAGUACCAUGCCGAUAAGAAAACCGGAUUCAACGCCAACGUGCAAAGGAAAGGUCACGCCCAACACAUCGUCCCAGAACAUCAUCAUCAUCACUAAUCUCAUCAUUAACAUUAUUUUUGUUAGACUUGUAUCAUAAGAUUGUUGU